AUGACUAUAAACUUAACAGCACAACAAAAAGAUAUUAUUAACGUAAAAUUGGAACCUAGAACAAUUAUAAAUGUUGUUGGUGGUCCACAAUGCGGUAAGAGUGUUGCUUUGGUCAAUAAAGUAAUCCACCAUGUGAUCAAUAAUAACUUGAGUCCAAAUGAUAUAUUGAUAUUAUCCUUGACAAAUAAAAAUGUUGAAAAUAUAGUUCAAAUCGGCAAGUUAACUGCAAACAAUAAUUACGAUGUUACAAUAAAUUGGGAUCAAUUUAAUGUGAUGACCUUCCAUGGAUUAGCAAACCGAAUACUGCUUUAUGAUAAAGGAUAUCCAACAAAUAAUAUUUGUAACAAUAUUGUAUCAGGUGAACAUGAAUGGAACCUACUGUACUCCUUGGCAGAAGCAGAUUGGAAUUAUGCAAGUAUUACAGAAAGUACACAUAAGAAGAAUCUUCCGAAACAGAAUAAGAAUAAAGGAAAAUAUUUGGAAAAUAUUAUUAGAAUGUAUCAGAAUAAUUCCAAAAAAUAUCCCUUCACUUCUAAUGAAGAAUUAUUGGCUCAAAACACUAUUAAUAUUAUGAAUGAUUGUAAAAUUAUGACCAAUGAGGACUUGGUAAAAAAUGCAACUGAAAUUUUGAAAACACAACAAGUGGAUUCUACUAGUAAUUUAGGGAAUAUUCUAAAAUAUAAGCUUAUCAUUAUAGACGACUCUCAAGAUUUAUAUCCAUUAUUAUUACCAUUUCUUGAGCAAAUGCUUAGAUUAAAUCAUGCACAAUUACUUUUAUUUAGUGAUCCAAACCAAAGAUUGUAUCAAUUCAUGGGGGAUAACCUAGCCGUGAUGAGACACUUAUUGGGUAUGUAUGGUAAUGAUAAAAGCAUUACUUUGAAGUUAGAUCAAAAUUUCAGUAACUGUCCGGAAGUCCUUGCUCUCGCAAAAAACAUUUCAUUAGCAGAUCCAACCCAUUAUCUUAGUAAUUGUCUAUUCACCUUGAAUACUGCUUCUAACAUUAAUCCACAAAUAUAUAAUUUCAAUGACUCGUUAGAUCAAUUUGAGUUUAUUGUUCAGGAAAUUUCGAAAAUAAUGACUUCUGGUGUAACAAAAUUCAGUGAUAUUUUAAUUUUGUCUCAAACCAACACAUAUGUUAACGAAUUAAUAAACCACCUAAAGUUAUAUGGGUUACCAUGCGAAAAAGUGUCAAAUAAACCAGAAUGGAUAGAUGAUUUCAGAAUCCAAUUCAUACUUAAUCUAUUAAAAAUUAUAGAAUAUGAAAAAAAGCCAUCCAUGAAUUGUAAUUUUCCUGUUUUAAUUAUACUCAGUCAAUUAAAGGGUAUUGGGAAUAAAAGUUUGCAGACGUUAUAUCAUUAUUGUCAACAAAAUAGGAAUAUUGAUAUAUGGAACUAUUUUUUAACAACCAAAUUAUCGGAUUGGGAUCCUUUCAUAUUUAAAAAGUCUAGAAUAUACAAUUACUUAUUGUGUAUAAAGAAACAUAUUCCUGAAAGAAUAGCUGAACUCAAUACAACUGAAAUUAUUCAGAUGAUUAACGAUAUAAUAAUAGAGUUGGAUUGCCCUUUAUUCAAAUAUACUUCUGAAGAAGAUCUAGAAGAUUUUAAAUCAAAAUUUAAGAAAAUGGUAAAUACUUUACACUACUAUGAAUAUGUUAAACCAGGUGAUUUAUCUUUAAUUACAUUUUUCUUGACACAUUACCUAUCAAGUAAUAUGGAAAAUAAAUCAAAACAUCUAAACAAAAUAAAUAUAUCUACAAUGCAUUCAGCAAAGAGUCUAAAUUUUCCUAUUGUAAUUCUAGCUAAUCCCCCACCUAAUAAUUCGAGUAAAUAUUUCUCUAUAAACACAAAUAUCCUUUACAGGAGCAUAACUAGAGCAAAGCAUUUAUUAUAUCUAAUAAAUAUAAAUCAUCCAAGGAUUAGUCUAGAAAAAUUCAAAAAAGUCCCAAAUAUAGGAUUAUAUGAGCCCUUUUGGAGGUAUUAUUUGAAUACCAAGAAGAAUGAACCUCUGAUAACAGCAAAUAAUCAAAGUUACCAAUAUAGUCUAAAUAAAGCCCAGUCAAAUCAAAAUUUUAUUCAAAACAAAUUUGGUAUACGAUUUUUAACAACAACAGUUAAUCCACUAAAAUGUUCUAGUUUUUACAAAAGAUUAUUACACUAG